GGGCUUUCCAGGCCGGCCUCGCUCGGAGUCCUCGGGCCGGGAGGCGGCGGGCGAGUCGGCGACGGGUGUCCUUCCUGUCGGCCUGCCUCUCUCCUCCGAGAGUCUGCCACCAGCACCCUCGACACAACAGCCCUGCCAGGGGCUUUUCAAGAAACGGCAUCAAAAGGAUUAAGAAUUUCUCCCUGGCUUCCGAGUAACUGAGACGUCUCCUGCCCCACACCAGCUCAUCCCUGGCGAGAGUAAAUUCCCUUUCUUGAUGCUGCAGAGGCAUUUUUAAUUCCAUGCUGAAUUGAGACCUUGGAAUGCUUUAGCAUGGCAGCCCUGGUGCAGCAAAAUGACUUGAUGUUUGAAUUUGCUAGCAAUGUCAUGGAGGAUGAACAACAGCUGGGCGAUCCUUCCAUCUUUCCCGCGGUCAUCGUGGAACACGUGCCGAGCGCGAACCUCCUGAACAAUUACUCGGGCUUGUCUUGCGUGACGGAACCGAACGACAUGAUAACGGAGAAUUCACUGGACGUGGCGGAGGAAGAAAUUAUAGAAGAUGACGAUAUCACCCUUACAGUGGAAGCAUCGUGUCACAAUGGAGACGAAACCAUGCAGACCAUUGAAGCGGCCGAGGCUCUUCUCAACAUGGAUUCCCCGGGCCCGAUGUUGGACGAGAAAAGAUCAGCCCACGUAUUUGAAGCUGAGGAUGAAGUCGAAGCUGCUCCUAUCACUCACGUGUCGGUCACUUUGGAUGGCAUCCCAGAAGUAGUAGAGGUUCAUCAAAUCCAAGAGGCAUUUUCUGGAUCGCCCAGCACACCUGAACAACCAAAGAAGAGAAGAGGGAAGAAACCCAAAGUUCCUCGUCCGGAAUCGCCCAGCCUGACUCCAAAUAUUUCUGUGAAGAAAAAGAACAAAGAUGGGAAAGGAAACACCAUUUACCUCUGGGAAUUCCUCCUGGCGCUGCUUCAGGACAGAGCCACCUGUCCCAAGUACAUCAAAUGGACUCAGAGGGAAAAGGGCAUUUUUAAGUUAGUCGAUUCCAAGGCCGUGUCCAGGUUGUGGGGCAAACACAAAAACAAACCGGAUAUGAACUACGAGACCAUGGGCAGAGCCCUCAGGUACUAUUACCAAAGAGGCAUUUUAGCCAAAGUGGAGGGCCAGCGUUUGGUCUACCAGUUCAAGGAGAUGCCAAAAGAUAUCAUCUACAUCGACGACGUAGAUCCCAACCCCAGCCUAGAUUCUCCGAAUUCCUCCUUACUCACCACCCCCGGGGCCAACAGAAGCCAAGCGGGCAAAGCCAAGGCCUCUUCCAACCCAGGCUCCAAAGGAUCUGCCCCCCUUUUAAAAUUGCCCUUCAACGCCAAGCCCACCAAACUGAAGCAGCCCUUGGAGACUGUAGCCCAGCCCCUGCCUCCUUUGACCCCCGAAGUCUUGACGACCAUGCAGUCCAGCCAUUCGCCCCAUGCCACUCAGCUUUAUCGGACAGUCCAUUUAAUGCCGUCGGUGCAAUCCAUCCAGGAAGGACACGCGGCCGUAACCAGUAACCUCCUGGACGAAUCCCUGAAUCCUUCGGUUUCAAACAUCAGGACCAUCCAAGCCUCAGGCCAGGUUCCCGUCGUGGUCUCUCCCGGAAACCAGCAACUGCACACCGUAACACUCCAGACAGUGCCUUUAACCACUGUGAUAGCCAGCGCGGAUCCGACUUCUUCGGCCACACCCCAGAAGUUUAUCCUACAAGCCAUCCCGUCGUCGCAGCCCAUGACUGUCCUUAAAGAGAACGUGGUGCUGCAGUCCUCCAAGCCGGUCUCUCCUCCGUCGUCCAUCGUUUUCAGCCCCGCUCAGGUCCACCAAGUCCUCACCAGCAAUGUCCAGACAAUUUGCAACGGGACGGUCAAUGUGGCGUCCUCCCCGCCUUUCAGCACCGCCGCCGCCUCCGUAGUAACUUUUACGCCCGGCAGUUCCCAUGGGGCCGCUGCUCAGCCCUCCAAUGCCGUCAUCACUUCGGUGAUCAAGGCGCCGGAAACCAAAACCGCCAUCGUGCAAGGGACGGUGAAAUCGGAACCCGAGAAUUCGGUCGGGGGGGAAGACGACCAGCUCUUGGAGACCAGUUUCCACCAGCAGCCCUUUGUCGUCAUGGUCUCCGCUCCCAACGGGUUCCCUCCGACGGUACACAUCAAAGAGGAAAGCGAACAGUUCCAGCCGCCCAGCCCUUACGAGUAACCGAGAAGAAAAUUCAAUGUUAAUCGUUGCUCUUUUCCUGAAACAAUUCCCAAUUGUGUAUGUAACUUUUGAUUCCAAAGCAAGCCAGGCAUUAUAAAGCUACCUUUUUUUCCUGUUUUGUUUUGUUUUUUUUAAAUUUCUCGAAUUAUAUUUUAGAAGUAAUGCUGUAGAGUUGAUUUCCAGCUUUGUGGUUUCCUCCGCCGUAUAAAAUAUUAUGUUUCGGAAAAAAAAAAGGCAAGCAUGAAGGAACAUGCAGUUUAUCUUUUCUUUCUCUCUCUUUCUCUCUCCCUCUCUCUCUCUCUCUCUCUUUUCUUUUUUUGAUCACUGUCCAAAAAUUCUAAAUUUCUUAGACUUCCUGUAUCAUUUGUCUUAUCUUGCAUAAUAAUGUAAUCAGUGCUUUCAAGCAAUAGCUAAUUUCAGGAGGGGUUUUCUUUGUUAUGCCGUUAUCUGACUUUUUUUUUUUUUUUUUAGUAAAUUCCAAAGAUCUUUUUACUCAAUGUACUUAGAGUAUAUUUUGUUUUAUAUGGAUCUAUAAAGCAAUGGGCGAUCGGGUCUUCGUUCGUUCAAUUGCCUUUUGCCCCGGUGAGAAAUCAUUUUCCAAAUAGAAGCAUUUCCCUUCUAUCAACAAGAUAUUUACCAACACUCAUGCAUUCUAUUUCCUAUAUAUUUUCUAUUCUAAGAUGGACAAUAUCUUUGAUAAAGCGGCUCGCCGAAACGGCAGCUGUCACUACAGGUGCAAUUAUUUUUCAGACCACUUAAAACCUUUCGAGGCAUAAAGAAAUGCGCUGAUUGUUUUUUUGCAAUUAUUUUUAUAAGGAAAUGAAAAAAAAAAUAGAAGUAUAUGGGACUUAACCCGAGUAUUUUGAGAUUAAAAUAUUUCUACAAAGUACCUUUUCUAUUGUAAAUAUGUAAUUUAAUUUCUCAAACAGAUUUUUUUCAUAAAAAAAGAUAUUUCCAUAGAACAAUAUUUUAUAGAUACAGAUAAGAUUAUUAUGUUUAGAGCUCUAAAGUUAUACGUAUUCAUGUAUUGCAGAGUGAAUUUGUAUUUAAAAGGAAAAAAAAAUUAAAUUGUGGGACCUCUUGAAGCUGUUUCCUCUUUUUUGUAUUUUAAUUGGUUUAUCAUGAAAAUAAAUCAAGUACAACAAUCCUGGUAUGUUUGUCUUUCUCAGUCUGAAAUCUGAUAUUCAUAAGGUAGGCAUUCAUAAGUUAGACCUGUAAUAAAGUACCCUGUGCAAGAAGGAAUCAGAUUUAAGAUACAGAAGUCGUUAUUAUUUUGCCCCCCGCCAAAAAAAAAGGCCUUUAAGUCAGGGGUCUCCAACCU